CUAACGGUACAUCUCAUUCUCCACUUUGAUUGGAGUCAACAAAAAAAAAAUCCAUUGUCAGUAAAUCUGCAGCUUCAACCAUAAAUGUCCUCCAUUAAAUCGCUCCGGGAGCGCAACGAACUUGGCUACGCCAACCCGUUACACGACUAUGUGUCUGCCAACGAGGUGAACCUUGUCCACGACCACUCACAUAGUGCCGAAGACAGCCUCGAGAAGAACCACGAGCACGUAAAGGAAACUACCGACGAAGAAUCCAAGGCUCAAAGCACCGGUAUUGUCGGUAAGGCGAGAGGCUUACUCCGCCGCAACAAGUGGGUGUGGGGUCUCUUCUGGGGCUUGUUUUUCACCUCCUGGUGGUUGUCCAUCAUUAUCCAGGACAAGCACCGUCACAAGUGGUUGAUUCCGACUAUUUUGUGGGGCUGUAUCAUGCUCCGGAUCAUCUCCUGGUACAGUCCGAUUCUAUACUGGAUCUUCCAUAAGGCGCAGAAGGUCUGGUACUUCGGCUCUGACUUCAUCUACAAGUGUAUUCCUAACCACAAUCACAGAAUGGCAGUAGGUGCUCUUAUCACCAUUGCAACCAUGAUGGUGGCCACGUUUGUUCCGACUGAAACCCAGUAUUCCAAGCGUAGUGACCGUGCGAUUUCGUUUUUCGGUGUCUGCGUGGCGCUUUUUGGCUUGUGGGCUACCUCUGUCAACAGGGCUGCAGUCAGAUGGCAAACGGUUAUUGGUGGAAUGUUGAUGCAGUACAUUAUCGCUCUCUUUGUCUUGAGAACUAAGGCUGGCUACGACAUUUUCAACUUUAUCUCCACGUUGGCUAGAGAGUUGCUUGGUUUUGCCAAGGACGGUGUUGCGUUCGUCACCAAUACCGAGGUUUCCCAGCUCGGGAUGUUCUUCUUUACCGUUUUGCCAGCGGUUAUCUUUUUCGUUUCCUUCGUGCACAUCUGGUUCUACUUCGGUGUUAUGCAAUGGGCUGUGGGUAAGUUUGCGUACUUCUUCUACUGGACUCUUAGGGUCUCCGGUGCCGAAGCCGUCAACGCCGCCGCCGCUCCGUUCAUCGGGAUCGGCGAGUCCGCCAUUUUGAUCAAGAACUUGUUGCCAUACUUGACCAAGGCCGAGAUCCACCAGAUUAUGUGCUCCGGUUUCGCCACGAUUUCCGGGUCUGUGCUUGUCGCUUACAUCGGCUUGGGUGUCAACCCCCAGGCGUUGGUUUCCUCCUGUGUAAUGUCCAUCCCGGCCUCUUUGGCGGUCUCCAAAUUGAGAUACCCUGAAACCGAACACUCUGUGUCUGCGGGCAAAAUGGAAAUCUUGGGUAACGGGGAAGAGGACGAGGCGACCCGUCCUCGAAACGUCUUGCAGGCCUUCUCCAACGGUGCCACCUUGGGGCUUAUCAUUGCCGCCACCAUCAUGACCCAAUGUUUGUGUAUCAUCGGGCUUGUGGCCUUGAUCAACUCUUUGUUGACCUGGUUCGGUAACUUCUGGAACAUCAAAAACUUGACGUUAGAGUUGAUGGCGUCGUACUUGUUGUACCCAGUGGCGUGGUUGUUGGGGGCACCAAAGGAUGAGUUGUUGUUGAUUUCCCAGUUGAUGGCCACCAAGAUUAUCCAGAACGAGUUUAAUGGGUACUUGAUGUUGAUGAACGACGAGCCAUACACCUCUAUGUCCAAGAGAGGGUUGAUGAUUGCCACCUACUCCUUGUGUGGUUUCGCCAACUUUGGUUCCGUCGGUACUCAGGUUGGUGUUUUGGGAACUUUGGCCCCUACCAAGUUGAAGGAGAUUGCCGAGUUGGUCAUGUCCGCGUUGUUCACCGGUGCCAUUUCCACUUUGUUGUCCACCGCGGUAGCCUCCAUGGUUAUUCACGAUUUGUCCAACUUUUCUGUCACUGGUACCACGUCUAAUUAAAUCCGCUGUGACCUCUGCUUCUUCCACUUUCGUUGCUUGUUUUAGACCGGACCGAGGGAUUUCUUAUGUAAUACCUUGCCUUGGUCGUGUAUAUUAUUUGUGUUUAUCCCAUGCUGUAUGUAUACCAUUUCUAUUUAUUUCAUAUCAAGUGCGUCUGAUUAGUUGAAGAAAUCGAGAAGAGUAGCUGCGCCAGCGUCCCAGAAUCUUUCAAAUAGACAUUUCCUAUUGGUAUUUACAAAUCAGCGAGUGUUUUUUUUAAGUACUCCACCAUUGAUAUUCUUCCAUGCAUGCAUCGGCCGCCGAAGUCAAAUAGUUAGGUUCUACUCUAUCAUUCCAAGCUUAGGAGAUAGGAACCCUUCUGGAGAGGCCUUUGUGGAUUGGAAAUAGUGCUAGAUAAAUUAAUUGGCUCCGGGAACUGUCUCACUGUGAUCAACCUCCUCAACGUGUGCCUACCUUGGCUUGAAGUCAAC